GAGAGGGCGGUGCAGCCGUGGUGCCUCAGAGUCGCGGCCUGGUCCCGCUCCCGGCCCCGCCGCCGCCGCCGCCAUGAACAUCCUUCCGAAGAAGUCGUGGCAUGUGCGGAACAAGGACAAUGUGGCGCGGGUGCGGCGGGACGAGGCGGCGGCCGAGGUGGAGCGGAGGAAACGGGACGCGCGAGCGCUGCGGGCGGAGCAGGAGGUGCGCACCGAGCUCCUGCGGAAGCGGGCGCGGGUCGGGGGUCGCAGCCCCUCGCCCCCGGCCCCCCCCGUGCUGUUCCCGCCCCCCGAGGAGGCCCCGAACCGCGAGCACGAGGCGGAAAAAAGGCGGGAACAGGAACGCCGGGAGCGGGCCCUGGGGGUCCUGACCUACCUGGGCCAGAGCGCGGCCGAGGCCCAGACCUGCCCCCCCUGGUACCUGCAGCCCCCCAAAAACGCUGGGGAGGGGUCCCGGGAGGUGCAGGGGGGACGCAAAGCCGUGCUGGACCCUCUCCAGGACAUGAGGAAGGGGCUGCACCGAGCCCCCAGCCCCAAAAAAUCCCCCCAGACUCGGCCACGGAGCCCCCCCAGAGCCCCCCCUGAGAGGGGCGGGGGAGGAGGAGGGCUGGCCGAGCUGCGGCGGCAGCGCCUGGCCCGGGAGGCGGCCGAGGCGGCGCGGAGCCGGGAGCUGCUCCGGGGGCUGCGGGACCCGCCCGGGACCCCCCGGGACCCCCGGGACCCCCGGGACCCCCGGGACCCCGAGCGGCAGCGGCGCUACAACAGCCAGUUCCACCCGGGGCUGGCGCGGGGGGGGAGCAAGCGCAGCUGAGAGCCAAAAAUCCAGCUGGGAGCCCCAAAAUUCACCUGGAACACCCCCCGGAAUUGGUAAUGGACUGUUCCAUCCAGGGCUGGCCCGAAUUUAACUGGGAGCCCCAAAAUUCACCUGGAACACCCCCGGAAUCGGUAAUGGACUGUUCCACCCGGGGCUGGCGCGGGGGGGGAGCAAGCGCAGCUGAGAGCCAAAAAUCCAGCUGGGAGCCCCCAAAAUUCAACUGGAG